CUUCUGCACAGCUUUGAAACAGUCGACGUCAUUUCUGUCGCGCUGUUUGACUUGCUUCCUUUUGUUUUAGGCUUCUUAAGGCCUACGAACCACUGUGAAGCAGUUUGCAUUUGUGGGCGUGCUCAUUUUUUGUCAGUCCACUUUGCCGCUGUAGCGCGACACUCCCUCUCCAGCGCCCUUCAGCCUAUGCCGGCUUGUGCUUUGGAACUCGACACUGCUAUGGAAUAGGAUUCUGGCGGUUCAGGAGCGUCGCCGUGGAGUUGGCGACAUUUCGCUUGUCGGCAUUUUAACAUCUCGGCGAGCACCACACUUCACCAGCUUGGAGCAGGCGGCGUAUCAACCUUUGUGGUUGGUCAUUUGCAUCUGCGCGUGCAGCAGGGUGCUUUGGGUGUGGCGGUCGGGGGAGCCCUGCAGCACUUGGCUGUUUCUUUGGGGUGUGGCUCAUCUUCGUGCCCUUGUUGCCUGGCGCCCGGCUGGCCUGGCGCCCGCCCUGCUGUGAUGCCCUACUUGGCAGCGGACCGCACCCCUGCAGUUGGGGGCAAUGCUGCCAGCCCGUUCUUCAGCCCCGGGCUGCAGCUCCACCUUGCCCUGUCCACGCAUAGCCUGGCGCACCGCGUGCAGGACCUGACGACGCAGCCUCAGGGCCCCAGCCUGCCUACCUACCCAGUCCUUCUGGUGGGUGCCACCACGGGGCUCCCAGAGGGCGAGCAGCUGUCCUCAGCCGGCGUCCGGGAGGUGACCAGUGCUGCCCUGUCAGUGCUGGACACCAUGUGCAGGCAGGGCAACCAGCCGCAGCUCUUGCAGGGCCACUCUCUGCACAGCACAGGCCGCCCCUCCUGCAUGUUUGCGGGGCUGGCCUUCAGCCGGCGCGCGACCAGCGCCAGCAAAGCAGCCUUCACAGCGGAGCUCAUGCGCAAGUCACCGCUGGCGGUACCGCUCCAGCGCGGUCAGGCUUUUUUUUUUGAGGAAUCAUCCUUACAAGGUUGAACAGGGGCAGACGCGCUGCCCCCCUACUGCCCGAAAGCAGCCUGGUCCCCGAGACCAGAACCCUGACAGGGCAAGAAGAGAAGAAAAGAGAAGAAAAACA